AUGGCGGAAUAUAUCUAUCUGCUCAGCAAGGACGCAGUAAUCAUUAAACCUCCCAAGAAGUCUUCUAUGUUAUUGAGGAUGGUGGUUCUAAUGUUUGCCAUGACGUUUGGUGUCUACAUCUGCACCAUUUGCCUGCAGCAGAUUAGCGGCCUUAGCAAAGUAAAUAUUAAAGAUAUACAAGUGAUUAACGAGCCAUCCAAUACUGCUGACCAUGGUCUCUCUCAUGUGCCUAAGCUGCAUUACCCAAACCCUGAAAGUUUCAGCAGGGAGGAAUGUGUGGAUAACCCUGUACGUUACUUUGCAAUUGUAUCGACCCAAAGGUCAGGGAGCGGAUGGUUUGAGACCUUAUUGAAUAGUCAUGUUAACGUGAGCUCGAAUGGGGAGAUCUUUUCGGUUUUGGACAGGAGAAGAAAUGUCUCCGCUAUUGUUGGAACUCUCAAUCGGGUCUAUAAUUUGGACUGGUUCUCUAGUGCUUCCAAGAAUGAAUGCUCUGCUGCUGUUGGAUUCAAGUGGAUGCUGAAUCAGGGAGUGAUGGAGCAUCACGAAGAAAUAGUGGAGUACCUCAACCGCAGGGACGUGUCUGUAAUUUUUCUCUUUCGUAGAAACCUACUUCGACGAAUGGUUUCACUGCUUGCAAAUUCCUAUGACAAAUAUGCCAAGUUAUUGAACGGAACUCACAAAUCUCAUGUCCAUACCACUGAAGAGGCUGAAACACUUUCCAAGUAUAAGCCCAUACUUAACUCCACAUUGCUGAUAUCCGAUUUGAGACAGGCAGAGAUCUUGGUUGCGAAGGCUCUAGAGUAUUACAACACCACUCGGCACAUGGUUGUGUACUACGAGGAUCUUGUUAACAACAGCAAGAAACUUGAGGAGGUGCAGGAGUUUAUGAGGCUUCCGGUAAUGGAGCUGAGAAGCCGGCAGGUAAAGAUCCACAAGGGGCCGUUAUCAGAACUGAUCAAGAACUGGGAAGACGUGAACAAGACGUUGUAUGGAACCGAGUACGAGAAUUACCUCAGGGCCGACUAUUGA